AGAGAGAGCUCUAUAUUCUUUCUAAUCUCUGAAACAGAAACACUUUUCUUCUCCGGUGUCAGGGAAGAGGGUAGUAAUUAAGGCAACCAUGGUGUCGCAGGAGUAUGUGGACAAGAUGCAGUCUCGCCAGAAUUACAGGAAUCUCUGGCACAGCGAUCUCUUGAACACAAUUCAAGCUGAUACGCCUUAUUGCUGCUUUGCAUUGUGGUGUGGACCAUGCGUAUCAUACUUGCUCCGCAAACGAGCUCUUUACGAUGAUAUGUCAAGGUAUAUAUGCUGUGCUGGUUAUGUGCCAUGUAGUGGCAAGUGUGGAGAAAGCCAGUGCCCUGAAUUUUGCCUCUGCACUGAGGUCUUCUGCUGCUUUGGAAAUUCAGUUGCAUCAACUCGUUUCCUGUUGCAAGAUGAGUUCAACAUACAAACAACACAAUGCGACAACUGCAUUAUUGGUUUCAUGUUCUGCCUCCAACAAGUUGCAUGUGUAUUUUCCAUUGUUGCGAUGAUUGUUGGAAAUGAUGGAAUCUCACAAGCUUCUCAGAUAUUAAACUGUUUGUCUGAUUAUGUUUAUUGCUCGGUUUGUGCAUGCAUGCAGACACAGCAUAAGAUUCAAAUGGAUAAAAGAGAUGGUAAAUUUGGACCACAGUCGGUGAUGGCUGUCCCGCAAUUUCAAGAGAUGUCGCGUUUAGAUCAGCCAAUUCCGCCUGCUGUCGGAUAUCCAUCUCAGCCAGGGUAUGGGCAGCCAUACGGGUACCCACCUCCAGCUUAUACUAGGUGAUCUGUAUCACAAUGCAAAUG